UAUUUUGGUUGAAAGAGAUCAGACUUAUGAUAAAACACUCAAUUAUUGUUCCAUUCAAACUAAAUAGUGACGAAAAAGAACAAAAAUUAUAACGAUUCAACAUCCAUAGAGCAAAAAGUUGAUGGAAGUUAAAAGAACGCACGCUAUAACGAAGAAAAUCCCGCACUGAGAAUUUAAAUAACACUAGACUCUCAAAUAGUCGUAAUACUAUUCGCUCUCUUAAAAGAAACUCCACAUCAUACACACAUUUUUUAAAAUAAUUGAUUUCAAUUGAAACUUGCACUUGUGUAAAUAUUCAACUAUCAUAAAUUCUUUGAUAUUUCGUAAAAACGAUGUGUGUGAGAGGGGAGCUUAACUUCUUAUCAAACAAAUUUUUUAUCGUAAAAAAAACCAAUUUUUUUUUAUUUUGUUUAAAACAAUCCUUGGUGUUUCGAUCGAAGAAAAUGACUUUUUAAAAUUGUUUUUGGCAAAAAAAUGAUGAAACAAACAAAAAGAAUCAACGAUCGAAAACUAAACGUCAACUAAUGACGAAAUUCAACAAAAUAUUUAAAUACAUACACAUAAAUAAACACACAUUCGCAUAAAAACGGUUACAGUGAGCACAAUUAAGCGAAACAUGGACUAUGGAAUGUUAAACUUUAGUAUGUACGGAGAGUGUGUGCGUAUGUGGGAGACAAAGUAACAUAUUGACACAUCUAACGACGUAAAUACAUCGAAACCUAUUGUAUGUAGCACUAAUGAGUGAACUGUUAUUUUUGACGCACACAGAGACACACACGAAUACGGAGAGUGCUAAUGUUUCUAUAGCUGUAUCGACAUUCGUUCUCUGCCGUUCUAAGUUUCCGUUCUUCCAAAGAUCGUAGACACAUAUACAAUCAUUGUGCGUGUUUGUACUGGCAUGAGCUGUGCGUUAGCUGCUUACCGAACGGAGUAUGCUGUUUAAAAUUACUCCAACAGCUCAUCAACUAACAUAAUAUGCGGAAGAGUAGAAUAGCCGUAGGAAUGUUUGCGGCGAUGUUUUUUUCGCACUUAUAGACUUUUUCCCAUUUCUCCGUAUAAAUGUGUAAGCGUUAUGGGUAUUGGAAUUUGCCGGGUAGAUAUGUCUUCUUUACAUCAAUAUUGUUUAUAUAGGCACAAGUCGCAGUGUAAAUGCGCCCAUCUCAUUUUUGUUGCAUGAUUUAUUUUCGCGCUUUAUCCAUGAUACAGAGAGUUUGAAAGAGAAUGAGUAAACACUGUUUACUAAACAGACGUAUUUGCCAUUCAAUUCAAAUAUAUACAGCACGUGCCGUAUAUGCCGCAUUGAUGUUGUGAACACACACUACUGCUUUUUCGUACGUCGCUUUUCUGUUGAACACAAUUGUUUGACUGUCAAAUUCAUUGAGUAAAACAAAACAAACGUUCAACGAAAACUUCUGAAUUAAUAGUAUUAUAAGUGAAUUAGAUCUAUACUAAACACUGUGUUUUGGAUCGAAAGAGAAUCAUUGAGGAGUCGUUGAGUAAAAGAGAAUCGUUGAGCGAACAAAAAAUUAUUAUUCUUUCAACUUUAAUGUGAAAAACUAAAAAUGGCAAUAAAAAAAGAAAGACCAACAGCCGAGGCCUUUUUGGAGAUAUUAAAAAAUGAUGGCUAUUCAUACGCUGUUACAUCAAAAGAAUCCGAACCAAUUGACAUAAACUUUCCAAAUUUACCCGAUUGGCAUAAAGAACCUGCAUACGACGAGUGGCGCAGUGAAAUGUUACCACAUUCAAAAAUUAUUUGUUUCGAAUACAACGGAUCGACUUUUAAGCUACGUGUGAACAAUGGGGACCCCGAAAGCCAUGAUGGGAUGUUCGGUGCUUUAUAUGAUGAAAGUAAUGAGAAAAUUGUUGAUUUAAAAUCGACUGGAGACAUGGAAACAACAAUCGAAUCGCUGAAAGAUGGUGACAGAGAUCUGGACAAUGAUUUUUCCACCAAGUUGGAGCCGUAUUUGUCAGUUUUUGAAAUUGUUUUGGAUAAGAAAACCGAAUUUGAAUAUUUGAUAUUUAAACAUUUAGCUGAAAAUGAUUUCUUGCACGAUCUGUCUCUAAUUGAUGACAGAUAUGGAGAUGACAGUGAUUAUGAAGAUUGAAUGAUCGAUGGAAAUUAAUAUACAGUGCCGUCAGAAAAUUUGAGACCAACCUCAUUUUUUUCAUACAAUUUCAUACAAAUUGACGAUUUUUUGGAGCAAUAUUUAAUUUAUUUUUUGUAUGAAAAAUAAUCCUUUUUCACACUUGAAAGUGCAAACAUCGUAUAUUUUUUAAACGCGUAGAUAUUUUUUGGUAAAACUUCACUAGUUUACUCUUCGUAAA